CGACAAAAAAAAAACCAUUUUUAACGACCAUCGCGUUGCAACCGCGUUAUUUACUUUGUGUCGUACAAACUAGGCUUUGGGCCAAACGCACGUGGCAGAAAGUUUAUCGGUAGACCAGCCGACGUGAACGACUAUGAAUUCGUUUUCGCCGUAUAAAAAACUAGAAGAAUGCCAGUCGAUUGAACUCGGUUGUACUUCGAGAAACAUUGACAUUUACAAUUCUGACGGUGAUCGUCAGACGGUCUAUGUUAGCUCCGAAACGACGCCCUUUGAAGUAUGCACGUCGCUGUUGACAAAAAACAACAACAGACCAAAGAGAUGUUACGAUUGGACCAUUGUAGAAGUUUGGAAAGACAAACAAAUAGAACGAACGUUGGAAAGCCACGAGUCCGUACUGUCGUGUUUCUACCGAAUGCAACCAGAAAACGUCGACCGGAUAUUGACGUUACGAUAUAAUCCCAAGGUGUAUGACAUAUUCGAACGUCCGGAAGUAAAAGAGUUCUGUUUCUACAAAAUGUUGGACUUGGACGACAAUCCCAAUGGAAAGACUAGACACAAAAUCAUUGAGAAAAUUUUGAACGGUGACACGGAACCGUUGCAUUAUGACAAAGUGUGGAUAUUCGAUUGCAACAAAUCUGAACCAUCUUGGGACACGACGAUAUUGUUGCUGAAGGCUAGACAAUUGUACCUGUCGCCAAAUUACCAGAGUGUCGUGACAUUCAUCAAGCACACAAAGAACGGCGGAUGUUUCCGAAACGGCAAAUCGACAGAUUUGUUAGAUAAAUGUCAACUCCGAGUCUGGGCCUACCUGGAUGAUUACACGGUGUACACCUCCACCGCCGCCACCGACAACAACACCGGCAGCAGCGUCACUAGCAGCGGCGACACGACCUCGCCGUCGCCGUUCCGCCUGUGCCUUGUCACCGCGGCCGCCAGCGCGCCCGACAAAUACGUGGCCUGCCGUUCCGAAACCCUUCUAUCAUACUGGAUGUGCGCUAUGAGAUUGUCCAAAUACGGCAAGCAGUUGCGAGAUAACUACCGUUCGUUUGUGAAGAAACAGGGCGACUCCAACGAUUAUGAAUACAACAAGAAACCGUUGCCCAGCGAGAGCGUGCGCAGCCACGUAGCCAUGGACUUCUCGGGCAACGUGGGCAGGAUCGUCGAGGACCCGAAAGAAGCACUGGCCAUCGCCCAGGCGGAGACGGGCAGCGUGCGCAGGAGUUGGCGGUCGAGCGGCCGGUCCACGCCGGGUCUGCAGGCCGCAGUGACCAGGCUGGAGAACGACGUUCACCUGUCGCAGCCUUGGUACCACAAAAAUAUGAGCCGAGAUCAGGCGGCCAACAUUCUCAACAAACAGGGCAACAAGGACGGGGUGUUUCUAAUACGAGAGAGCAAGAGCAAAUGUGGCUCUUAUGUACUGACGUUCAAGUGCGGUGGAAAAAUCGUACACACGCCCAUCGCAGCGCAAAUGGAUCCCAUUUACGACGUGGUGUGCUUCACGCUGGACAACGGCGUGACGAAAUUCUACGACCUGCUGCAGUUGGUCGAGUUUUACCAAUUAAACGCGGGCAGUCUACCCACACGACUGAUGCACUAUGUGGUGCAAGUCAAAGAAAUAGAACCAAAAUAAAUUAUUAUUUCACCCGCAGUUCCCGCGCCAGUAUAACACAGUUCCUGUCGACACGAUAUAUUCUCAUCCAAAAGGUGUAUGUUUGUGUGGUACACAUAAACAAUAAUUGAAAAGAAAACAUUUUUUUAAAUCUGUGACAAUUUAUUUUUUGACAGACAAAAAAACAAAAUAUACUCCUACUUUUCAGGUAUUUUUUUUUUAAUUUAUCAAAAUAUUUUCAAAAAUACUUAUUAUUUGUCUUUUUUCGGUUUUUUUUUUCAUUUGUUUUCUUUAUGUAAUGUAAAAAAUGA